AUUUUCGAAUUCGAUUCGAUUUAGAUACUCGAGUCUAGUUUUUCGACGCACUUCCACUUUUGUAGCGUCACUUUACUCGGCGUGUAUUGUAUUCAAUUUCUUUGUUUUGCAUAACUAUUGCGUUAAUUAUACGUUUCAAAUAAUAGUUAUCGUUAACAAGUUAAUGUAAGCAAGCACAAGGUUAAAUUUAUUAUUGUUUUAUAUCAAUUUAAUUGAUAUAUAAGUUCAAUGAUAUGAAUCUUUGAUGGUGAAGUGAAUGCGCCUAAAUAACAAGUGGUGGAAUUAUUGAAAUAGUGGAACAUUUGUUAUUAAGUUGAGUCAAAAUGCCGACCAGUGCCGUGUACCAGCCUACUACGGUGACCUAUGAGCAGCAGCCGAAUGACCAGCGUUGGAACUGCCCGAUCAGCUACUUCUCGCGAAGAGUGACAAGUAGUUUGAAUCGCGCAGUCUGCAUACGACUUGGGCUUUGCCUUUUGGGCAGCACUCUCUUUAUCGUGGGUCUGGCGUGUAUAAUAGCGGGCGGCGUGCAGUACUCCAACUGGUCAGCGUCGCCCACGCCGACGCCGGAGAGCGAGAGUGGUUUGUCGACGCUCAUCAUUGGCGGAGUGCUGCUUUGCGUCGGACUACUGUUUGCAGCAAUGAGCAUUUGGGCGUGGUCAGCUCGCUGGGGCGGCGGGAACGAGACUCCAGCCAGCGGGGCCGCCGCCCUCACCGCGCUCAACCCGUCCACCGACCCGCUGGUGGCCGCCCAGUACGCGCCCGUGAGGGACGCGCCGCCCGCGCCCGACGACGAGAUGCGCAACCUCAUGGACAACAAGGAAUGCUUGAGCAGCGCAGAAGAGAGCGACAAGAUGUUAGAUGGGCGGCCGUCUGUUGCGUAAACAAUAAAGAAAUGGAAUCGACGCAAUUUGUUGCGAACAGGCGAGUCCUGAUUAAAUAUGUCCACCUACUAUGAAAAUAUUUUAUUUUCCACGAACCGUACCAAGCUCGUACGUAAAUAUCUGUGUAAGUGAAGAAUUUAUUUUUAUGACUAACGUCUUUUUGAGAAGGACCCGUUUUGUAAACAGUAAGGUUUCUUGUAGAUGACGCCGGAGUUAAUUUAUAUUGUAGACGAACAAAAACCGCAUAAUAGCCAACGGCGGCAUUUUGUAAACACAAAAUGGCGGCCAACGCCGCCAUUUUGUGUUUACUACACGAACACGUCUUGGUUAGUUUUACGGCUUAGCACAAGGUUUCAUUCGGAAAUACUCGAUAUUUCUUUCUUCCUCCUUAGACCUUUAUAAUUUACACGAUUUUCGCUGAACGCUAAAUACUGGUUGUUAUUUCUUUUGACACUGUUCGUAAAUUCUUUAUUAUUUAACGUAGACAACGUAAUGUUGUCUAGACAGUUCCUUGUAUUAAAUUUACUCGUUAUAAAAUCACAAAUCCGACGCUGGGGAAGUGCGGUUUGUGUGCGGUUUUGAUUACGAACUUGCGGCUCAGCGUCGGUGCGGCUCCUGGCGUCAUGUGUAGGAAGCCUUACCUGUUGUUUGCUGUAGGCAUAAAUGUAACGGAUCAUACCGUUUUGUAGGUUAUUAUUUGGUGUUGCAUUUCACGGUACAAAAUGUUAAAAACAGUUUAUUUUUUUUCGUUUUUUGUGAUGUUUUUGACUAUUUUUAGUCAACUCUUGUGAAGAUUGGAUUUUUUUUCAUUUUGCACUCUAAAUACACUGAAAAUUGUAUUCAAGCCUUACGUAUAGACCUACUUUGAAGAAAAGCCAUGUCUGUUUUAGUUUGAGAAUUUUUCAUUAAACAUUUAUCUAAAGUGUUCUAAUAUAGUUCAACCCAAUCGUAGUCCUAUCAAUGUCAAAUAUAUUUUCUUGGUGUUAUACAAACGCUGUUUAUUAAAAUAAAUAAAAAUAUAUAGAUUUUGAUAGUUAUUAAUCGUAAUUUACAAGACAUGUGGCCAAAUUAUCGUCCAGAUUUUAAAAUUUAGAUAUAAUGUCCAUAUGUGUGUAAACAAUUUCUCUGUAAGAUAUUUAAUUCAUAUAAGUACUUAACAUUAUGUAUGCAGACAACCAUGUUCUAAUGUAAAACCUGAACUAUCUUUAAUCUUUAUUAUCAAGCCUAAAUGCUUUCUUAUAUAAUUCUUUCUAUAAAGAUAAUAAUUGUUGUAUUCAUGUAAUUGUAAAAUUAGCUGUUUUACGUACACUUUCUUAAUUAUCUGUUUUUUUAAUCCCCAACAUAAGUAAUAAGUUUCUCGUGUGUUUGUCUUUGACAUCGUAGCUUCUAAAGGAAUGAGCCGUACAGUGCGUUUUUUUUUGUUCGAUAACUGACGUGAUAUGGAAAUUUUUUGAAUAAUUAUUAUUAAAUAAUUAAUAAUAUACCUAGGCACGUCAAAAUUUUGAUACUUUCACUGUCGUAAAAAUAUUCGUUUCUAUUUACACAAAAAACAUGCAAAUUUUUGUUUUUUUUUUCAUAAUCUAAUAACUUCAUAUUUUGAGUUUGCGACAAACGCAAACAUUGAUAAUCCCACUUCUGAUUAGUAUUAGUAUUAGGAUCUACUUUUCUUAGGUAAUGAAUGUUAAGUUCAUUUUGUGUUUGAGACCGUCCUUAUUAGUUUUAAGAAUAGAUGUUACGUGCAAGAACGGUGAUGCAUUUUGAUGCCGGAAUUUUAUCUUUACUAUCUUAUAUUAGGUUAUACAACCUGAGAUAAUAUUUAUUUAACUACCAUACAUUAUACCUGCUAUUAUCGUCAAUCUAUGCCAGUGGAUAUGACCCCUGCCUUUCGAAGGCGUAGAUUCGAACCGGGGCAUGCAUCUCCAACGCAUUUUAAGUAAUUAAAAAUCAUGUGUUUCAUAAUGGCGAAGACAAAACAUCGGGAGGAAACUUAUAUAACUGCGAAUUUUCUUAAUUCUCUAUUCUAAAGUGUAAAGUCUAUCAAACCCCUCUCAUUCUGAGAGGAGACUCAUGCUCAUAAGUAAGCUAAAUGUGGGUUGUUAAUGUGACUUUAUAACUGCUAUUAAUAUAACAUAUCAGCAGAAGGAUGUCCACUGUUGGACAUAGGCCUUUUAUGGGGUCUUUUGCUUUGUAACCAGAAACUCAAAUCAAUAUGUUGUUAAAGGGGGUCUACCGAGUACCAACACUGCACUUUCUGGUGCAGGGUCCGCCAUUCCAAGACCCAUCGGGUUUUUUAAACUGUAUCCUCAUCUUAAUAUAUAAAUGCGAAAGGUCGAAAACCGCUUGAAAGGAAAGCUGACAUUUUGCAGGGAGGUAGUUUAUAGUUAUCCAUUAAGAACGGAUUUUGCGAAAGGGCCGGAUUAAAGAGGUCUAAGGGCGGACGAAGUUAUACCGAUAUCAAAAUGCAUCAGCGACGUGUGGGUCCCACAGACCUGUCAGUCCUAUAAAAUUUAGUUUAAUCUAUAUGGCGUUAAAGAUGGACUGUAUAGCAUUUAAUUUAAUGUAUAUUGUAGGCUCAUGGUCGAUAUUAAAAUGUAUUGUAAGCUCUCUUUUAUUAAAAAAAUAUAAUUCAAACAACUAAUAACAUUUUGCAGAAAACAUCACAAUAGUGUACUUGAAAUAUAUUUUAAUUAAAACAUUAUAACAAUACAUAAUAUAAUGUAUAUAUAAACGCAGAGUUAGGCGAAACACAAUUUAGAUAUAAGUAAGCUAUAUUUUAUUAAUCGAGUUAAUAGAAUCUACUGAAUAUGUAGCAUUAUACAAUUUUAUUUAUAGUAUUAUUUUUUGUUUGUGGUGCAAAUGAGAUUUAUAUUGUGGUGUAUCGAAUGAUGUUAUGUUAUACUUAUUUUAGUACUUAAAGUACAUUAUUUUGUAAUAUUUAUGUGUAGGUACUUAAUAUAUCUUUAAUCUCCAUUUCAAUAAAUAUAUGAGAAUAGA